AUGUCGGACUGUUGUGUGAGGGGAUUUGAAUGGAACGGAACCCCCGUUGGAAAAGAAACAAAGCUCGCCAAUCUUGACUCCUAUGUUACCGGCUCCAGCGACAAGGUAGCCGUACUUCUCAUUCACGACCUGUUUGGGUGGACCUUUAGCAACGUCCGGAUUCUCGCCGACCAAUAUUCACGUGAAAUCGAUGCGACGGUCUACGUACCUGACUUCUUCGGUGGCGAGGUUAUAGAAGCAGAGGUGGUGCGCGAUUUCACCCGCUUGCGCCAAAUGGACAUGUCGGGUUUCCUUGCUCGCAACAGUAAAGCGACUCGGGAAUCCGAGAUUGUCGCUUGCGCGCAUGCCCUCCGUGGCAAGUACGAGAGAGUGGCCGCUGUCGGCUUUUGCUUCGGUGGAUGGGCUGUGUUCCGGCUGGGGGCAACAUCCUAUAACCCUCCUCUAGUGGAUUGCAUAUCUACUGCCCAUCCCUCGAUGCUGGACCCAGAUGAGAUUGGGAACAUUGGCGUGCCCGUCCAGAUUCUAGCUCCGGAAAUCGACCCUAUGUUCAGUCCGGAGUUAAAGGAAACCUGCAACCGUGUAAUACCCUCCAAGGGUGUUCCGUACGACUACCAGUACUUUCCGGGCGUUGAGCAUGGAUUUGCUACCAGAGGGUAUAGUGAUAAUAGGGUCGAACGGGAGGCGAUGGUGCGGGGGAUAGGCUCUGUCGUAUCCUGGUUCAGAUAUUGGCUCCAUGUUAAGGAAGCAUGA